CGGCAGGGCCCGGGCCCCGCCCCCACAGGCUCCGCCCUGCUCCCGUGCGCUGAACGCCCCAUAUCCGGGUUCCCGCCGCCUUCGCCGCCGCGGUCUUCGCCGCCUCGCUCAUUCAGCGUUGCCGGGAGUGGAGUGAUUCCCGAGCAAGAUGGCGGCCGUGGGGCGAGUCGGCUCCUUCGGUUCCUCUCCGCCGGGAUUAGCCUCGACUUACACGGGCGGUUCCUUGGCCAACGAACUAGCGUCGGGCAACGGCGGCGCCGCGGCAGGCGACGACGAGGACGGGCAGAACCUUUGGUCCUGCAUCCUCAGCGAGGUCUCCACCCGCUCGCGCUCCAAGCUCCCCGCGGGGAAGAACGUGCUGCUGCUGGGUGAAGAUGGAGCUGGAAAAACAAGCUUAAUAAGGAAAAUUCAGGGAAUCGAGGAGUAUAAGAAAGGAAGAGGAUUGGAAUAUUUGUACUUAAAUGUGCAUGAUGAAGACAGGGAUGAUCAAACAAGAUGUAAUGUGUGGAUCUUAGAUGGAGACCUAUAUCACAAAGGCCUCCUUAAAUUUUCACUGGAUGCCAUCUCCCUGAAGGACACUCUAGUUAUGCUUGUUGUUGAUAUGUCAAAGCCUUGGACUGCUUUGGAUUCUUUACAGAAAUGGGCAAGUGUUGUUAGAGAACAUGUUGACAAAUUGAAAAUCCCUCCUGAAGAGAUGAAAGAAAUGGAGCAAAAGUUGAUUAGAGACUUCCAAGAAUAUGUAGAGCCAGGAGAAGACUUCCCAGCUUCUCCACAGAGAAGAAAUACCACAUCACAGGAAGACAAAGAUGACAGUGUAGUUUUACCUCUGGGUGCGGAUACUCUCACACAUAACUUGGGCAUUCCAGUACUAGUAGUUUGCACAAAGUGUGAUGCCAUUAGUGUUUUGGAGAAAGAACAUGACUACAGGGAUGAACAUUUUGAUUUUAUUCAGUCACAUAUCCGGAAGUUUUGUUUACAGUAUGGUGCAGCACUUAUUUACACUUCAGUAAAAGAAAACAAAAAUAUAGACUUAGUAUAUAAAUACAUUGUUCAGAAACUAUAUGGAUUUCCCUAUAAGAUUCCUGCUGUUGUUGUGGAAAAGGAUGCAGUAUUUAUUCCAGCAGGGUGGGAUAAUGAUAAGAAAAUAGGAAUAUUACAUGAAAAUUUUCAAACAUUAAAAGCAGAAGAUAAUUUUGAAGACAUCAUAACUAAACCUCCUGUCCGAAAGUUUGUGCAUGAGAAGGAAAUUAUGGCAGAAGAUGACCAGGUGUUUCUUAUGAAGCUUCAGUCCCUUUUAGCAAAGCAACCACCAACUGCAGCUGGAAGGCCUGUGGAUGCCUCACCAAGAGUCCCAGGAGGCUCCCCUCGAACACCAAACAGAUCUGUGUCAUCCAAUGUUGCCAGUGUGUCACCCAUCCCUGCUGGGUCAAAAAAAAUUGAUCCAAACAUGAAAGCUGGAGCUACAAGUGAAGGCGUCCUGGCAAAUUUCUUCAACAGUUUGUUGAGUAAAAAGACUGGCUCUCCAGGAGGCCCUGGUGUUGGUGGUGGUAGCCCUGGAGGCGGGGCUGGAGGUGGAAGCAGUGGUUUACCACCAUCUGCCAAAAAGUCAGGUCAGAAGCCUGUCCUAGAUGUUCAUGCAGAACUAGACAGAAUUACACGAAAACCAGUUACAGUUUCUCCUACAACACCUACAUCUCCUACGGAAGGGGAAGCUUCCUGAAGAUACCAAAUAAAGCCAUUUAUUCAGUUUUCUGGGAUGAUGUAAACUUGCCUCUGCCUUUUCCUUCAAAAGUGGAAUUAGGGAGCUGGAGUGCUUUUUCAGAUGGACUAAAUUUAUGUCUCUUCUGUGUGUGUAUGGUUGCCCAUUUUUAUAAAAGGAGCUAUACAGAAGAAAAAUUAUUCUACAUUAUGUAGGAUUGCUAUUUGCAUUGCCAUUUUGCCUAAGGAAAUAAUUUUGGAUUUUGAAAAUCUCAGAAUUUAUAGAUCUGAAAUGCAACCAUGUGAUCAUAUUCUAACAGCUAUUUAAAACAUGUAGGAGGGUUUAGGGAAGGGCAGAAAAUAUAUAAUUUGGGCAUUUGGCUGACUUGGAAGUCCAAACUUACUUUAGUUAAGACUAUUAAAAUCAUUUUUUUUUAAAUUGUUUAACUGAAAAGGAAGAAAAUGAUCAAUUGUCAGAUUUUGCACACCAACAUAAUGUACCAUUACACAUGUUAAUAUGCUGAGAAAACUAUCCAAUAGCAUUUGAUACACUAGUCAUUGUCUCAAUCACUGAUCCUAUAAGUUGUCAUCAAAAUACAAUUUAGAAAUAUUGGCCAAGAUGUUUAUUUAAUAGAGAAGAAAAGAAAGCACACUGCCUGAACAUGUAAAAGAAAAAUGCAGAGGUUAUUAAAAUGUAAAGAGGUAACAGUCUUUGGAUUUGUCUAUACAUAUAUAUAUAUAUGGCUUUGCCUUAAUAUACCCUUUUUUUUGUUUGUGACUUUCAACUGUAAUCAGUUAAUAAAGUAUUUAUUCUCUGCAUUCAGGUUCAAA